GAGGGCGAGAGCCACUGAUUCACAUCACAGCUUUACACAGGAAAGAACACACCUCACACUUACAGCAUGCCGCUGCAGGAAAACACAACAAUGGACAAACCAUCCACGGACAGACUGACUCACCGAUUAUAUCCAUCACUGCCCAACGUGGACAGCUAUGACCGACGUGUUGGUGAGAAGCUUCCUGAAGCAGCAGAGGAGCUUCGUCCCGAGAGGCUGCACGAGGACAAACAGUCGGACAUGUUCGGUUCCGACAGCGACCCCCGACUGGAAGCUCGGAUGCUGAUCCUGGUGGAGCAGAGGAAAGAGCUUAUUUCUAUUAACGACAGAUGGGCAAAAGAAUAUGAGACCAUGGUGCAGUUCUACAGAGAGAAGGUGCGACUUUUAAAAGCAGCUCUGCAACAAAACCACAGUCCCGUUGAAGAAGGCCUGUGUGAAGAAGAAGAGAAAGACGUCACUUUAUGUAAUAAAACAAAACUCAAGACGUGCGAUGAAGCUGACGUCAACUCUCAGCUACUGAAAGUGGAACAGGAGGCGCGGGAGCUGCGAGGGCAGAACUGCACGCUGACCAGGAGGGGGCAGCAUCAGAGCGAGGAGAUCAAGCGAUUGAACAAGGCACUGGAGGAGGCUUUUCUGACGUCUCCACCUGUGGAAGGACGCAGUGAAACACCCCAGGACGUGUGGAAGCAUCAGGCGGAGGUUUACAGGGAAGACUUUCUGACGGAGCGCAAAGACAGAGAGAAGCUGAAAGGAAAAUAUCUGGAGCUGGAGAAUCGGUUUAGAAACGUUCGCUCUGAGCUGCGUGUCCUUAAAACUCAGGUGACCUGGACUCAGACGCCGCAGCCCGGGCUUGAACGCGUCGGCUCAAAUCGAGUCAAACUUCCAAACCAGCCACUGAACCAGAAGUACCUGCAGAUCCAGAGGGGACAGAUCUCUUGAAAAACAACUUUACUCUUUUUUGUGUGAUCACGUUUUUUCUGCACUUUAUGGAGGAGGAUGGGUGAGACUGUGGGAGUAAGCACUGGUCCGGGCCUCGUUCCGUGACCUGUUUGGCGAGGGAUGAAAUAAACAUUUCCCCAAGAGGAGAGAAGAAGGAAAGAGAAAAAAUAAAACCCUCCGAGCACGAGAAGCACAAGAUAUGAACCCUGCUGCGUUUACACAGUUUUCUCUUCCUCCUCCUCCUCCUCCUCCUCCUCCUCCUCCUUUGUGACACACAAUCUCAGGGAGAUAUCACUUAUUGCACAAACCAAACACUAUUGACAAGGAUGUUAACACACCUGCACCCGCACACACUUUCCUAAAGGGAAAGUCUUGUUCAGAUUUUCUGCCUAAUUUGCAGUGUAUCCACCCGGGUGGAGCAUGCACCAGUUUCUGUGAAUCCGUGUCGAUUCAGUAUCGUAGAUUUGCACCUGAAAGGAAAUCAGAGAAUGUUCAGAUAAGAAGAAAAACACUUGUUAAUGAACGUUUGAAAUGAUUUUUGUUGUUGACAUCACAUGUUUUACUCUGUCUUUGUUUAUUUAUCAUAAAUAUAAAUCAUUCAACAA